AUGGCUAGCAAACGUCAAUCCCCGGAGACGGAGGAUUCUCCCAACAGUAAACGCACUCGAUUCGACGAACACAGUCAUCGGCAGUCUUCAGUCCCGACCGACGAUGAUAGCUCGGAAUCGGAUUACUGGGAUGACCCUGAGGCAGACGGAAACGUUCAACGGGAGGCCCUCGAGGAAGCCACAAGGCCUCGCGCGCCCGGCCCAGCUAGGGAGUCGGGCGCAAUUUCGAAAGUCAUCCUGGUUCAGUUCAUGUGUCAUCGAUACCAGGUUGUGGAGCUCGGCCCACAGAUCAACUUUGUGAUAGGCCAUAACGGAAGCGGUAAAAGUGCUGUCCUGACGGCCAUCACGAUUCUUCUGGGGGCAAAAGCUAGUUCCACUAAUCGCGGCAACUCCUUAAGAACAUACAUUCGUCAAGGUCAAAAGAAAGCCGAAAUAACUCUGCACCUAACCAAUCGUGGGGAAGAAGCUUAUCAACCGGAGAUUUUCGGGGAUGAGAUCAUAAUCCAGCGCCAUCUGUCAGCGGAUGGCAGUUCAGGAUUGAAGAUCAAAAGCGGCCGCGAUCACCGAGUCAUCAGUAAUAGGAGGGACGCUCUACAAGCAAUCCUCGAUCAUUUUAUGAUUCAAGCCGACAAUCCGCUGAAUGUACUCAGUCAGGACGCAGCUAAAAAAUUCCUAAAUUCUAGUAGCAGUAAGCAGAAGUAUGAGUUUUUCAUUCGCGGAACUCAACUCAAACAGCUAACAGAUGAGUACGAGGAGAUCAAUUCCAAUCUUGAGAUCUGCAAAGUCCUUUUGGCCAAAAGGAAGGAAUCCCUUCCUGAAUUGCUCUGGCGCGUCGAAUCAGCUGAGAAAAACAUGGAAGAAGUGCAAAUAGCUUCACGGGCUCAAGAAAAGGUCAUCCAACUAGAAAAAGAAGUUUUCUGGAUUUACGUUGCCGAAGCCGAAGCUGAGCGUGAUUUGACUCUGAAGGAACUGCGCGAUGAAGAGCAGAUCUUACCCAAAUGCGAAGCGAGGAUCGAAGAGGAGGAAGUCAAAAUAGCUAAGUUGGAUGAACGGAUCAAAACUCUUGAAGCUGAAAAGGCAGCCCGGAAUGACGACCAAGUGGAUGCUCGGCGCUUGGAACUCACAAAAACACAUCGCUCAUUAAUCAGCAAGCUGAAAAAGCUCAAUAUGGACAUUCGCCAGGCAGAUGUAGAACUUAAGGAAAAGGAUGUUCAAAUAUCCGAGCUAGCAAGAGUCAUCGAUGAGGAAAACGCCAAGUUGCACGGAGACGCCGAUGCUUUACGACAGCAAUCCAUGGAACGAAUUAGACAACUCGAUGUUGAAAUCAAAGAGCAAGAAGAUCACCUCGCUCGAAUCCAACAUGCUAUCUCAGGAGCAGCUGAAGCGGUUAAAGCUACUAGUAGCCAGGUGACUCAGUGUGACAAGAAUCUGAAGCGAUUGAUGUCCGAUAUGGAUAAAAAUAAAUCUGCCAUCCAAGACUAUGGGUCCACGCGAAAGAACAGACUUCUCUUGUUUGGACUGCGAGCGGACAGGCUCAAAAACGCUAUUGAAAGAAACACCUCCUGGUCGGAAAAGCCCAUUGGCCCAUUGGGUUAUUAUAUACAAGUGAAGGAUAAAUCUUGGCAACCUGUCCUAGAAACGGUCCUCGGAAAUUCUUUGAGGACGUAUAUGGUAGUGAAUGAGAAAGAUGAAAAUCUCUUACGAAAGCUCAUGUCGGAUUGUGAGUGUAUAUCUCCAAUUAUCCGAGCGCGUCGAGACUUGUUUGAUUACUCUGGUGGGGAGCCCAUGCCGGAAUUUUUCACAAUCCUCCGGGCUUUGAAGUUUGAAGAUGAGUAUGUCAAGCGGGCCUUGAUAAACGAUCUUCGUAUCGAAAAAUCUAUUCUAGUUGAGCAUCGGCGCGAAGGAGAUCCCAUCAUGGCAGAACCACAGCAUCGUCGUUCUAAUAUUGUAUCUUGUUACACUCGUGAUGGGUUUCAAGUUGGUGGGGUUGAUCGAGGACGAGGGUGCAAAGCGCUCAAGAUGUACACAGGUCAACCACGGUUAUCAAAUGAUGACGGUUCCUUCAUCGUCGAACUCAAUCGCAGAGCCGCUGAACUCGAGACGAAAAUAACAGAGGCUAGACAGCAGGCUGCUGCUGCACAUUCACAGUCUUCUCAAUCUGCUGACCAGCUCAAAAAACUGAAGGUCGAAGAGGAACAAAUCAAUCGGCAACUCCACACGAGUCGGGAAGUGAAGACCUCUAUUCAAGAUGACUUGGAUCAGAGUACUCCAUAUAAUUUCUCGAGCUCAGAAGACUUGAAAAGAGAGCUAGAGUCUGGUAGACGGACUUUGUACGAUCAAAGUCAAGAGCUUUUGCGCCAAAAGGAUCACCUGAACACCGAGUUGGACCCUAUUAAAGCCGAGCAAGAAGCUUUGCAGAAAAAGAUCGACAACAGAGAGCAAGAAGACCAAAACCUUAACGUUGAACUAACCAAGAAAAUAACAGAUAGGGUUCAUUCACUGGAAGUGUUGAAACAUUUCCGUGACUCUCGGGCUAAACACUGCGCGAAGAUAGCAGACGCAAAGAAAGCUCACGAAGUCGCAGAAGCUAAACUGCUGGCGGCCAUUGACGAUGCCAAAAAACUAUCCGGAUCGGAUGAAAUCAUGCAAACCAGUCGUUCGCUUCAGGAAGCUAUGACUGACCUAGAACGCUUCCAAAAAGUCGUGAGAUCCACCGAGACUCGUCAUCGUAAAUCGCUUGAAGACAUUGAAAUCGAGUUUCACCAAGCGAAAGCAAGCUACGCCGAAGCAGACAAGCAACUCAAGGAACAAGUCGAAUCUCUCGAAGUUUUAACAAAGGCGCUGCUAUUGCGGAAAAGUCGGUGGAUAAAAUUCCGCAAUGAGAUCGCUCAGCGAGCCAAAAUAGGUUUUAUUACAUACCUCAAUUUGCGUGAAUACGCCGGGAACUUGAGCUUCAAUCACAAGGCCGAAAGACUACAAGUCCAGGUCAACCCUCGUGAGAAUGCAGCUACCCAAGGACAAUUAAAAGAUCCAAAAACCCUGUCCGGAGGCGAGAAGUCAUUUUCGACAAUUGCCUUAUUAUUGACCCUGUGGGACGCUAUCAACUGUCCGAUACGCUGUCUUGAUGAGUUUGACGUGUUCAUGGACGACGUCAAUCGACGAGUUGCUUUGGAAAUGAUGAUUAAGUCUGCUGAGACAGCUUCUGACGUCCAAUAUAUCUUCAUCACGCCCAAUGGCUUAAGAGCUGCCCAAAUCGGUGACAAAGCUAAAAUCAUCAGAAUGCUAGACCCAACCAGAAAUCGCGGAAGUCUAGCUGCCGGUCAUGAAUAA